AUGCCAGCUCCAUACCAAAAGGGUUCUGCUAAGAAGGGUGCUACUCUUUUCAAGACCAGAUGUUUGCAAUGUCACACCGUUGAAAAUGGUGGUCCUCACAAGGUCGGUCCAAACUUGCACGGUGUCUUCGGUCGUCACUCCGGUCAAGCCCCAGGUUACUCUUACACCGAUGCUAACAUCAAGAAGGGUGUCGUUUGGGAAGAACAAUCUAUGUCUGACUACCUAGAAAAUCCAAAGAAGUACAUUCCAGGUACCAAGAUGGCCUUCGGUGGUUUGAAGAAGGAAAAGGACAGAAACGACUUGGUCACCUACUUGAAGUCUGCCACCAGCAAAUAA